AUAUUAUACUGUACCGGUGGCUAGCUGAGCUAAAAGAAUCAACUAGAUAUGGCAGAAGUUGGUGCACUGCCUGAAGAGAAGCAGAGCCUUAUGGCCGGAGAAGAGAAACCAGUGGAAAAGAAAAAGAAAGAUGAUGGAACUAGAGUCUUUAAGAAGUCAUCUCCAAAUGGAAAGAUUACUGUUUAUGUUGGUCGGAGAGAUUUUGUUGAUCACAUGACGACUGUGGAUCCUGUUGAUGGUGUUGUUCUCAUUGAUCCGGACUACUUCACCAAAGAUGGAAAGAAAGAUCGAAAAGUGUUUGCUCAGGUGGUAGCCGGGUUUAGGUAUGGGAGGGAUGACCUCGAUGUACUCGGUCUUAACUUCAGGAGAGAUCUAAUUGAUGAGCGUAUUCAGGUGUACCCUCCCCCUGAGACGAAUGAGCCACAGCUGGUCACACUGCUACAAGUCAGACUACUCAAGAAACUGGGAAGAAAUGCUUACCCGUUCACAUUUAGUCUCAAGCCUGGUCUUCCUUCUUCAGUCACUCUUCAGCCAGCUCAAGGAGAUGUUGAAAAGCCUUGUGGAGUAGAUUUUGUUCUCCGAUGCUAUGUAGCCAAAUCUGAAGAGAACAAAAUGGAAAAGAGAAAUUCUGUACGGUUAGCAAUCAAGAAAAUCACACAUGCUCCAGCCGACAAAACAGAAAGGCCCACAAUUGACGUAACCAAGGAGUUUAUGCUGAGCUCUCAUCCUCUCAUUGUGGAGGCCAAUCUCGACAAAGGCACGUAUCAUCAUGGUGAAACCAUCAAAGUAAAUGUGGCCAUUGCAAACAGAUCCAGCAAGACCAUCAAGAAGGUCAAAGUACAAGUUCGUCAGUUUGCAGCAAUUUGUAUGUUUGCUCAGACAGAGUACAAGUGUGCAGUAGCUCAUAUUGAAUCAGAUGAAGGGUUCCCAGUGCAUACGGGAGGCUCACUGCAGAGGAGCUACGACAUCACCCCAUUGCUCAAGGAUAACAGGGACAAGAGAGGGUUGGCUUUGGAUGGUCAAAUAAAGCACGAAGAUACUUGCUUAGCCUCGUCUACAUUCAUUCCUGAGGAUCCUUCACUGGAUCCACGAGAAGUGCGAGAGAGAAUGGGAAUUGUCGUCCAUUAUACUGUCAAAGUUCGCUGUGUAGUCUCAUUUGGAGGAGACCUGACACUGGAGCUACCGUUCACUCUCACACACCCCAAGCCGAGGCCAGUCAUCUCUCAGAUGAUCACCUUCCCUCAGUAUCCGGCCACACCCACUACACCUACGGCUGACGAGAUAGAAGAGGGUGGGGUCAAGGGUGAGCAGACAGCAGGAGCUUUACCUCCUCUGCUCACGAGACCAAGCCUCGCAUCAGUACACGAUGCUAUUGAUCACAACCUCAUCAACUUUGACACGGAGGAAGUUGCUGAAGAUGGGGACAAUGAUUUUGUGUUUGAAGAGUUUGUUCGGUUACGAGUGGCCGGAGUAGAGGAAGGAAAUAACGAAACAGAAGCAUAAAAACACUACUCCGUUCAUUAUUAUACUCCAACUAAACCAGCCGUGUGUAUUUUCAAUACAUGACCGUCAUAUAUUUUUGUAUAACUAUACAUGUAUAGAUCUAGCUGUAAACUUAAUGAGAUAAUAAUUGGUCUUGCUAUUAAAUUUACCAUCAUUAAUGAGUUAAUUAAACAGGAUUAAAACGAAA